UUGCUGCUUUUAGCUGCUGAAAGGACUGCAGGGAGCUCUGGGUAAGACAUUUUCUGUUGCUGCUGCUUCUGCGGUAGAAGCUGCCGCUAGUAAGUCAGAGGAAGGAGGAUCGAGAGGGAGGAGGCUUCAUUUGCAGCCAUGCUGAAUCACUGUUGCUGAUCAGAUCUGCUGGUUGGCUGAGAGAACUGAGAACAGAGCUAGGAUCUCUGGGUGCAUGCACAAUUCAGCAGCUGCCACCCCCGCUGGGCCUUGCACAAUGGAGGCUGAAAGCACCAAGCUGAGCUCCCAGUCCCCGAUACAGGCUGGGGAUGAUGAGAAGAACCAGAGGACUAUCACUGUCAAUCCUGCCCACAUGGGGAAGGCGUUCAAGGUUAUGAAUGAACUGAGGAGUAAGAAGCUGUUGUGUGAUGUGAUGAUUGUGGCAGAAGAUGUCGAGAUAGAAGCCCACCGCGUGGUCCUGGCAGCCUGCAGCCCCUACUUCUGUGCAAUGUUCACAGGUGACAUGUCUGAGAGUAAAGCCAAGAAAAUUGAAAUCAAGGACGUGGAUGGGCAAACACUGAGUAAGCUGAUUGACUAUAUCUAUACGGCUGAAAUUGAGGUGACUGAAGAAAACGUCCAGGUGCUGCUCCCAGCAGCCAGCUUGCUGCAGCUCAUGGAUGUUCGGCAGAACUGCUGUGACUUCCUUCAGUCUCAGUUGCAUCCCACCAAUUGCCUGGGCAUCCGCGCGUUUGCAGAUGUGCACACCUGCACCGACCUUCUGCAGCAGGCCAAUGCUUAUGCAGCUGAGCAGCACUUUCCAGAGGUGAUGCUGGGGGAAGAAUUUCUUAGCCUAAGUCUGGACCAGGUGUGCAGCUUGAUAUCCAGUGACAAGCUGACUGUUUCUUCAGAAGAGAAGGUAUUUGAAGCUGUGAUUUCGUGGAUCAAUUAUGAGAAAGAAACUCGUUUAGAGCACAUGGCAAAGCUGAUGGAACAUGUCCGUCUCCCUCUUCUACCUAGGGAUUACCUAGUCCAGACAGUUGAAGAAGAAGCUUUGAUAAAGAAUAAUAAUACCUGUAAGGACUUCCUCAUCGAAGCCAUGAAAUAUCAUCUGCUCCCUCUGGAUCAGAGACUCUUGAUUAAGAACCCCAGGACCAAGCCCAGGACUCCAGUCAGUUUACCCAAGGUCAUGAUUGUGGUCGGUGGCCAGGCACCUAAGGCGAUCCGCAGCGUGGAGUGCUAUGAUUUCGAGGAGGACCGAUGGGACCAGAUUGCUGAGCUUCCUUCCAGGAGGUGCAGAGCAGGUGUGGUGUUCAUGGCUGGCCACGUGUAUGCUGUGGGCGGGUUUAACGGCUCACUGCGUGUGCGGACAGUGGAUGUGUAUGACGGUGUGAAGGACCAGUGGACGUCCAUUGCCAGCAUGCAGGAACGCCGGAGCACACUGGGGGCAGCCGUGCUCAAUGACCUGCUCUACGCCGUGGGGGGCUUUGAUGGCAGUACUGGCCUAGCAUCGGUGGAAGCCUACAGCUACAAGACCAACGAGUGGUUCUUCGUGGCCCCAAUGAAUACACGGCGGAGCAGUGUGGGUGUGGGUGUCGUGGAGGGAAAGCUCUAUGCUGUUGGGGGUUACGAUGGGGCUUCCCGCCAGUGCCUGAGCACCGUGGAGCAGUACAACCCAGCGACCAAUGAGUGGACAUACGUGGCGGACAUGAGCACCCGCCGCAGUGGCGCAGGGGUUGGGGUUCUCAGCGGACAGCUGUAUGCCACAGGUGGGCACGAUGGGCCCUUGGUGAGGAAGAGCGUUGAGGUUUAUGAUCCCGGAACAAACACCUGGAAGCAGGUGGCCGACAUGAACAUGUGCCGGCGCAAUGCAGGGGUCUGUGCGGUGAAUGGGCUCCUGUAUGUGGUUGGAGGGGAUGACGGAUCCUGCAACCUGGCUUCGGUGGAGUACUACAAUCCUGCCACUGACAAAUGGACGCUGCUGCCAACCAACAUGAGCACGGGGCGGAGCUACGCAGGUGUUGCUGUGAUUCACAAGCCCUUGUGACCCCUAACUCCCACUUCCAGGACGUGGGAUGAAGAUAUGAAAUGC